AUGGCCACAGCUUCAGUGAGUAACACACCAGAAUGUUCUAUUUGUUAUGAAGGUUUCACUAUACCAAAAAUUUUACCUUGUGGACACACUUUUUGUGUAGAUUGUUUAGAGAGAUAUAUUGGUGAUAAAACAGAAACAUUCCCCUGUCCGAUCUGUCAGCAAGAUGUUAAGAUUCCAGAAGGUGGUGCUAAGAUGUUCACUACCAACUUUAUACUUCAAACAUCCAAACAUACAACACAAGUAAAAAAACAACCUCCCUCGACAACACAACCAAGAUGUCCCAACCACAAUCAGAGGGAGGUGGAUUAUUACUGUAAUAAUUGUAGUGUAGGAUUGUGUUCAAAGUGUAUAGAUAAACAACACAAAUAUCAUGAGACACUGGAUUUAAAAUGUGACGAAACACGCAAUAUAGCCUUAGAAAAACUUCAACGUUCACAAAAUAUCGUUCAAAAACAGAAUCAAAAACUUGGAGAAAUCUCGCUCUACAUUAUUAGAAUCAUUUGA